AUGAAUCCGGCGCGGAGAGCGUAUGUUGAGGAUGCGACUGACGACACCGAGAUGGGGGGCGUGGACCUGGCCAAUAUUCCUAUGGACCGAGACUACGAGCUCCCCGCGUCUGCUGCUGGAAUAGCGCCUGAAAAGGCGUCUGCGAUCCUCUCUCAGUUCUCGCGGAAAAGAAGAGCAGCCGCAAUCCCUGUGCCGACGGAUGAUGGACGAGUGCGCGUGCGAUUACGGGAGCUCGGGCAUCCUAUAACCCUUUUCGGUGAGGAUACGACAGAUCGACGUGAUCGAUUAAGAGGGUUGCUGCUUGAGCUCGAGGAGCAACAGGAGGCUGUUGCGGCUGCCGGAGAAGCAGGUGUGGAUGUGCAAAUGCAAGAGCCCGAAGCGCAAGAGGAGGGAGAGCAGGAGCAUGAAGAGGAAUUUUACACAGAGGGCACUCGAGACCUUCUCGAAGCUCGGAAAAGGAUUACGCGCUUCUCUCUACCGCGCGCAAAGGCCAGAAUUGAGCUCCAGAAAGAAGAAUCGACAAUACCACUACGGACGCAUAUAAAACACAGGAAAGCCAUCAAGGAGAAAUUACAAAGCUUUGAUCUGUUUGGCUCUCAGCUGGCGGGAGAACGCCCGGCUAGCAUUACCCGGUUCGCGCCCAAUGGGGAAUCUCUGGCCGUUGGAAACUGGGGUGGAGGCAUCAAGCUUCUUACAGUACCAAAUCUAGAAGAGAAGAUCACGCUUCGCGGACAUACAGACCGAGUUGGCGGCAUCUCAUGGCUCCCAGGCGCCACUCUGGCUUCCUCGAACAUAUCCCAAGACUCUGUAAACCUUGCAUCGGGGGGAGGUGAGGGCAAUGUGCACCUGUGGUCUCUUAACCAAGAUACCCCCCUUUCUACGUUAUCCGGACAUUCCGGGCGUGUGUGCCGCGUCGAGUUCCAUCCCUCUGGGGAAUACCUGGCAUCCGCUUCCUUCGAUACCACCUGGAGACUCUGGGACGUGCGGACUAGCACUGAGUUGCUAUUACAAGAAGGCCAUUCUCGCGAGGUCUUUUCGCUGGCAUUUAACCCCGAUGGAUCUCUCCUUGCCAGCGGUGGGCUGGAUAGCAUUGGCCGCAUCUGGGAUUUACGGACAGGCCGCACAGUAAUGAUCCUGGAAGGGCAUAUCCGCGAGAUAUAUACUUUGGACUGGGGAAUCGACUCAUACCGGGUGCUUUCUGGUUCCGGGGAUGGCUGGGUUAAAUGCUGGGAUAUCCGGCAAGUCCGCGGGACAGGCGGCGUUGGUGCCCACAAGGGUGUGGUGUCCGAUCUGAGAUGGUAUAAAGGCACCGAAGCCACAUCGUCUUACUUGCCCACGCUUUCUCAGGGAGAGUUGAACGGAGAUGUGACAAUGUCGACGAAUCCCGACCAGGUAUCACGGCACCCGGCUCAACCAAAGAAGGCCGGGACAUUCUUUGUGAGCGGUGGCUUCGAUAAAAAUGUCAACGUCUUUAGCGCCGAUGACUGGUCAUUGGUGAAAUCGCUAAGUGGCCACUCUGGGAACGUGCUCAGCGUUGACGUGAGCGAUGAUGCAAAAUGGAUCGCGAGUUGUGGGCAUGAUCGCACAGUUAAGCUAUGGGGAAUUGAAGGCUGA